AAAUUACACACGGGAAAUUCAGAAUGACAACCCCUUUGUACAAAUGCAUAUACAUAUUAUCACAUUACAUGUAUAUUAUAAAGAUAUCAUAAUAUCAUACAAAUAACCAAACGAACUUAAUGUGAUCAUGGUCGCUUUAUCCAGUCACAUGUGUCCUUAUAUUUCAGGGCUUGAUAAUGCAGGGAAAUCCACGCUGUGUUACCUGCUAACAUCACGACUUCACGGCACGCCGCCAACCCGCUAUGAUGCCAAAAAGACAUUAGUCUACAACAACAUCAAGUUGACACUGAUUGACGGGGGGCAGAGAAGGCGUGGGUAUCCCCGGCACAACUACAAACACAUCGACGUCGUCCUGUUCAUGGUAGACAGCAACGACCGGGACCGUAUACAGGAGGCCCAGGACGAACUGAGACUUGACGCUCAGGAUGCAGCACUCAAGAACACCCCCUUCCUUGUCCUCGCCAACAAGCAGGACCUGCCGGCCGCCCUGACAGCACCAGAGGUUGCCGAGGCAAUGGACUUCCAGGAAAUACUCAAAGCUCACAGGGCCAACAUUAUAGGAUGCAGCAUUCUCUCAAGGUCAGGCAUUAAAGACGCCUUGGAUUGGCUGACACAAGAAUUCCAGAGUCCCUGUAAAGGCUCGAAAGCUUCCCCUUACAAGGAAGAGAUCGAUGAAGCCAUAGUUGGGAAACGCGAGGCUUGGUCCAUUUUUACCUACAUAAGAGACAUAUUUGAAUAUUUGAAAAGAUACCUACCUAAAUUGAAAUGAUCCAGAGACUAUUACAUACCCGAAAUAUUAAACAGACUGUUUGGCCAUGGUAACACCACCAUGUUUGGUUGGUUGGUGUGUUGUUUAACGCCGCUCUCAGCAAUAUUCCAAGUAUAUUAGGGCGGUCUGUUAAUAAUCGAAUCUGGACCAGACAAACGAGUGAUUGACAUCUAAGCAUCGAUUUACGCAAUUGGGAUACGAGGACAUGCAGGAACCAUGUCAGCGAGCAUGUCCAUCCGACCCUGUUAGUCGCCUCUUACAACAAGCAUGGGUUGCUGAAGAUAAAUUCUAACAUGGAAUCUUCAGGGGAACACAAUACUGAGGUUGGGUGUCAUGUUUCGUCACCCUUCACAUCUGGCAGACUGAUUCCUUGUUAAAUUCUUUGGAUCAACAAAGUUUCAUAUUUCCCUCGGACUCAUUGGAUUGUACAUUAUAUGAUCGAGUGUUGACAUCGUGCACAGAUUGGAUUGCACAUUAUAUGAUCGAAUGUUGACAUCGUGCAUAGAUUGGAUUGUACAUUAUAUGAUCGAAUGUUGACAUGGGUGCACAGAUCGGAUUGUACAUUAUAUGAUCGAAUGUUGACAAGGGUGCAUAGAUUGGAUUGUACAUUAUAUGAUCGAAUGUUGACAAGGGUGCAUAGAUUGGAUUGUACAUAAUAUGAUCGAAUGUUGAAAAGGGUGCAUAGAUUGGAUUGCACAUUAUAUGAUCGAAUGUUGACAUUGUGCACAGAUUGGAUUGUACGUUAUAUGAUCGAAUGUUGACAAGAGUGCAUAGAUUGUAUUGUACAUUAUUCGAUCGAAUGUUAGUGUUGUUUAUUUGAUUGAAUGUUGAAAUUGUGUACAUACAUGUAUAUCUCAUCACUGGAGGUGUGUUUCAAACUUUCACUUAAUGUAAAUGUGAAUAUGUGUGCUUUUUUUGUUUUACGGACAUUAUCAUCAUUGCCACAUGCUGUGGAUGUAUUAUUUAUAACUAAUA